AUGUUUUCUAAUGCUUCAUCAGUAAUUAAUGUUCGAGACAUUAUAAAGAAGCAAGAAGAAAUUCAAAGUCUCUUUACAAGCAACUGCAAGCCAACGACAGCUCAUUUUAAUAUUGUACAAAGAGUCACUGUAGGUCUCUCCAUUUUGAAUAAAGAACUACUUUUAAAACAAAAGUUAAUGGAAAUGAAGAAAGAAGCUGUUGGGCAACCAAGUUGUAAUUUAUUCAAAAUUUCAGAUUCUGCGACAUGGAACAUUGAAGACAAUGGUCAAGCUGAUACGUCGCGUCAUCAUCCAGAAGAUAAUGAUAUUCCAGAAAUCGCUAAUCAAUUAACAUUAGCGCGUCGAUAUCGGGUUAUCAAUAUAGUUGGUGAGGGCGCUUUUUCAAAGACAGAAUGUAAAAAACUACGCUAUUUAAAUUUGCAUGAUGUUCAUGGAAACUCUCACACUAGCAAACUCCUGAAUACGUUCUUCUUUGACAAACAUUUUUGUUUGGUAUUUGAAUAUUAUCGAGGUGGUGUGCCAAAAAUUUCAUUUACGGUUAAUGAACAACUCCGAUUACAAAUUAUUAGAAAGUUAGCUUGUCAGCUUUUAACCGCUUUAAUUUACAUUAAACAUAUGGCUGUAAUACACGGUGAUUUGAAGUUGGAAAACAUUCUUUUUGUCUCGGAGAAUUCUUAUGAUUUAAAGGUAAUUGACUUUGGUAACGCAAUUGGUUUGGAUGAUGUAAAAUUUUAUAUGGAAAGUUUUGAAAUUCAAAGUCUUAUAUACAGAGCUCCGGAGGUUUUACUAGGUCUUCCUUUUGGUUAUGAAAUCGAUAUGUGGUCGUUUGGAUGUAUCAUAUGUGAAAUUUGGAUUGGUCAUCCUAUUUUUCAAAGUGAUACAAAAAGUAGUAUUAUCAAAGAAAUGGAACAAUUGUUAGGCCCUCUCCCAACCUCAAUAUAUAAACCUGCAAAAAAUUUUGCUUGGUAUUCGACCCGAAUUGAUAAUGGAUUAAAAGAUUGGCCAACAGGGUCGAAUGAAGAUACGUUACAAUCGAUGCGAAUUAGAAAGUUAUCAAAAGCUUUAAAUACUAAUAAUAUGGAUUUUAUUAAAUUUAUUGAUGAAAUUUUCAACUAUGACUCUUCCAAAAGGCUUACUCCAACAGAAGCUUUGUGUCAUAAAUUUUUUGCACCAUUAUUUCCAUUCGCACUAUUUUACGCAAAUCAUGAGAUCAAUACUUUAUUGAAAACUCAAAUACGUUGA